CUGAGGCAUGUUCCUUGAUCACAGAGGCAGAGAACUGACACACGGGAAAGACUUAAGAGACCAGCUGUGAGUUUUUCACGGGUCACAUUGCCGUGAGUAAGGGAAGACAUAUGAAGGGCUCAGAACAGCUCACAUCCUGAUCUGUGUUAUUGCUCCCACAAAGGUGCAUUAUGAGAGCCAUUCAUGAGAGGGGAUUGCCCUUGCUAGCUAUCAUUUCCCACACCAUCGGCCUCCACCACUGUCUGCACUCAUAAAGAGUCCAAGUCCUUGUUUCAGCUCCCAUCUCCAGUACUAGCGUCCUUGGAACCUCUUAUGGACCAUAGUUUUCUGAAGUGGACGUGCGUGCUCUUUCUACUCCAUUCUACGAGACAAAUUGGCCUAGAAAAUAUCCAACGAGGGCUGUAGAUGUAGCCCUGUGAUUAGGAUGCCUGCCUCUCACGCAGGAAACACAAGCACGGCAUGAAGCCCUGCAUGGGGGUGCACACCUGCAAUCCCAGGAUUGAGCAGGUGGAGGCAGGAGGAUCAGGAGCUCAAGAUCAUCCACGUGAGGCCUUCACUAGGUAGUUAGUCCAAGUCCAGCAGUGGAAAUGAGACACCUGCUCUAGAAAGCAAGCAAACAAAGCCCAGUGACUGUGGCUUCAGUGAGAACUAGAAGGGAAGAGCACCGCUGACAUGGUCUGUGGGUGGUGCAGGGUUGGUGGAUCCCGGUUGGUCCCCAGCUGCUUACAUUUCAGAUAUCUUGCCCUGUUCUCCUCCCUGCUUGCCUUCACACACUCCCACCACUGGCCUUGUGGUACCAGCCAGUGGCUUUGGGUGUGGCUCCAUCUUCUUUCUGUGCCUUCAGCUGCAACGGCUUGUGUCCAUUUAACAUCAGGCGUCUGAACACACUGAGUUCCCCGGAGCCACUGUUUGUGGAAUUCUGUAGCCAGGACGGACGCAGUUGCAGUUUCACGGGGUGUUAGCUCUGGUUCUGGUGUGCACAACUGAACAAUGGGCAAUCGGGAAUUUGAAGCACCUAGAAGGAUGGAAGAAGAUCAGCAUUGGGAGAGUUCACAAUCGCCCCAAAAGAAAACAAAGCUAAAUGAAAUCAAGAGAAAGAAACGUGUUAGGUUUCUCUUACCUCACCAAACUGAGAGAAAAAGAAGAGCUUCCUCCCAUCGAGAUGCAGAUCAGGAGAUGUUCAAAUGUGAAUGCUGCUACUGUCAGAAUGAUGUGGGGAACAUGUCUGGGGUCUCCAUGGGGACGGGGGCCAUGACAGAAGCAGCCUCUCAUUCACCCUCCUGUGAAAAUCUGAUACUAGACCUCAGUAACUUGUCACUCAGCCCUGAUACCACCCAGCCCCCUCUUGUGCAUGAAAGAAUACAAAAGAGAGAAAAGAACAAAACGCAUUGGCAGCAGAAAAGCAAAACGAUGUUUCCAAGCCUUCUCCGCGAAUGGACAGAAUAACUCCGGCAUUGUUAUCCUCAUGCGAAGAAGAUCGGAACCUACAGGAUCAUGAAUGUCAACAUCACCAAUCCCUGGGUUGACAUCUUUUUGGGAGCAUGGUCGGAAGAAGUAAAAAUGUGCAGCCUGAUGACAAUAAUACCUUCAGAUGGCGAGUAUCAAACCUAUUCCAGAAAUGUAACAGUCGUUUUCUUAGUGGUUUUGGCAUCCCCUCUGGGGCAUUCUGGGAACAGAUGCUCCCUGGCUAGGGCAACCAGAUAGCGAUGGUUCUGUACUCCCCAUGCUGUUGUCCCCAUGGGGUGAGCUACCAAUUUCCCUCCUCAGGCCUCGGCUUUUCCUCCUUUACAAUGUUGCCAAUAAAGU